AUGAGCGUAGAAGGAACCAAGAGAGCGAGGAGGGCCAAAACAUUUACUGGUUGUUGGACUUGCCGCUCAAGAAAGGUAAAAUGUGAUCUUGGAAAGCCUUCUUGUCGUCGCUGUGAAAGAUCUGGAUUUGAAUGUGGUGGAUAUGAUAUUAAACUUCGAUGGUCCCCACCGAUUAAAUUCAACAAAUACGGCGUUCAACUGCCAGCCAACCCUAGCUCAUCAGCAAAAACCGAAGAACCUCAAUUUCAACGGAGAAACAUAGCAUUUGUGCAUUAUAAGGAUGAAUACGAGUACUACGAAGAAAUGGAUGAUGAAUUAUCCGCUUUGCAUUCUCCCUCUUUGAGUAAAAUUGCGAAUGGUCAAACUUGGAUGAUUAAGAAAUUUGGCGUGUUCAGAGGUACAGAUCGAGUCAAGAAGAAAUAUGUACCAAGGAAAAAGAGGCGACAGAAUGGCAAUCAACACAAGUCUCCAAAGCCUUCGAAACACGAAUCCAAGAAAAGUGAAGAUAACAUCGCUCCAAAUCUUUCCACCAUAAGUUUAGAUGCCAAAGAUUCAUUCGAAACCACUAAAAUUGCAAACCUCUUUGAUUUUGACUUUUCUUCCAUCAAUUUUCAUGGUAAUGAAUGGAUAUCAAAUGAGUUGCGGGAUGAUGCACUGUUAUCAGCAUCCGCAAUACAGGGUGUCGCCAUGAAUAGCUUUUCAUUUCAGCAUGAUGAGAGUCGAAAUACGAACUCAUCAUCGAGGAAAGAUGAGAUAAGUGGCACCCUGGAGUCACCAGCUUCCGCAAAUUUGGAACAGUCUAAUAAUCAACAUCAAGAUUUCGGUGUUUCUCAAAUCUAUAAACUCCUUUUUCAUAGAAGUGAGGACAAAACGAACACAAAAGGAAAUAGUCCGAAAUUUGUUGAUCUCAGCAAUGCCAAACCAUCGGUUGUUCCUUUAAAUAAUGUAAUAUUGAUGGAUGCACCUGGGCCAGAUGUGCACAUGCCACGGAGCGUUUUGGAGGUAGUUCCUUCGGCUUUACCUGAUUCUAGCAUUUUUGGGACAAAUGAAGAUUCUGAUAUACUUUUAAGAAUUCCGACAACUGGACUGCGUGUUCAUGGCUUAGCACGAUUUUUGUUAAAUUAUUACUUGCAGAAUGUGGUAGAUCUUAUGACAGUUGUGGCUCUACCCACAAACCCUUGGAGAACUAUUUAUUUCCCUCGGGCUUUGCAAGCAUUGGGCGACCUAGCUGGUAUCGGUUACACCUCUAAUUCAAGAAACUCACUUCUAAACGCCAUCCUAGCUGUUUCCUGCUUUAACUUGCAAAGCAAAUUUCCCCGAAAUUCCCCGGCGAUGAAGUACUAUCUACAACUAGGAAUUGAGUUCAGAUCACAAGCUUCAAGCUUCUUGAAACUUUGUCUAGAGACUAGUGUAAAUCAGGAGAGAUAUAAAGAUAUUUUAACCGCAAUCCUAUCCAUGAAUUCCAUUGAUGUUGUAUGGGGCACUAUGGCUGAUUGCCAAUAUCAUCUAACAUUAUGUGAGGAAAUUGUUGAGAAAAGGAUGAAAUCUCGACCUAAGAUUUCUGACAAAGCAAGGUCUCUUCACAGAAUUUUUUCAUUUUUAAAGUUGAUACAGGACAGCACAGCCCUUGAUAGGGUGAAAGACAAAGAAAUAGUCAUAAAAGAUGAUGAGGACGCAGGGGAUCCAGAGGAAAUUGAGCAUGGGACUGAUGGAGAGUUCAAAGAAGCGCUGGACGAAACUGACGGGAAAAUUCGUAUUGAAUUUGUGAAACAGAACACCAGCAACGCAAGCACUCCAAUAUUCACAAACAUUGCAAGCGAAACAUACUACUAUCCAAAAACUGCAACAACAAGUAGCGACUUCCUGAGCAUCGAUGCACUUUACGGCUUGCCUAAUUCAAUGAUUCUUCUUUUCUCUGACUGUGUACGCCUGGUGAGACACCGGAUGUACUACAGGACGAAUAAACUGAACGUUCCUCAAAAAUUUAGAAAGCUUUGUGCAGAAUUUGAGAGAAGACUUUUGAAUUGGAAAUCAGAAUGGGACUUUUACAAGCCGUAUUCCAAGGAAUUUUUGAACGAUACUGUAGAGGGAGUGUACCAUCACACAAUGAGUUUCUACUAUAGUUUAAUACUUUAUUACUUCACGAUGGCAAGAGAUUUGAACAACAGAUUGCUGCAGUCUUAUGUUGAAAAAGUUCUUAACCACUUGACAACUCUGACAGGCCUCAUAGAAGACAAAAAUGUUAAAAUUGUGCCGCUGAUUUGGCAAGGCUUUAUAGCUGGAUGUGCAUCGGUGGAUCAGUCCUUGCAAUUGCAGUUCAAAAACUGGGCUGCCAAAUUAGCCAAUUCUGGAAUGGGUUCAUAUUGGGGCGCUCGACAAAUUAUGUUUGAAGUUUGGAGAAGGAGGUUGAAUGGGGAGGAGCAUGACAACUGGUUUGAUGUCUAUAAAGAUUGGGAAAUGAACUUAAUGUUAUCAUAA